AGAACCAAUGUAACACCUACAGCGCAGCUCAAUAAUGCUCAUGAAACGUGCAAGAAAGGGGGACCUCUGCUCUCCGAGGGCGAAACGGACAAAAACCCACCAUCAAGAUGGCGAUUUUUUGGUCCUAGGCCUGACAGGAAAGUCUCUCCAGCAUUUUCUUGAUUCCCCGACAUGCACAUCAUGUGCAGACUUUUCACCGUGAAGGCCUUCCUCUUCGCCUUUCACAUUUCAGAUGCGCUCCCCAGAUCUGUUGUCUGGAGUCAAAGCGCAGGGCGUCGGCAGAGCGGAAACAGGGGCGAGCUUGGAUUGACACUGUCCCGCCCCACCUGAGAGGAAAAUAAUUGUUCUUUUCAUUCCUUUGGGCGUGAUUAUGGGGAAGAGAUCUUGGGUAUGCACCGUUUUUACCCAGGUGUGUCUCUGCAUCGCUCUCUAUGUGGCCUUGAACUUGGGCCAGCCUCAGGAGCACAGGGAUUAUAGGAAGAGUGUCAUCAGAAGCAGUGGUAGAUUUCUUGAUUCUUACUUUGUUACCGUCCGAGGUGGAUUUAGAGCUUUAAACGAACAGACGCGGCUCUUGAAGCUGAUUGAGAAGGUGUCAAGGACAUAUGGCGCAGCGUUUGUUGUCAACAUCAGCGAACUUGGCGCAGAUGACCCGCUUAUGCAGAAUGUAAGAGCUACACAAAGAUACCAAUCACUGAAAAUUCCAUGGUACACCACUAAAGCUUCAAAAGGAGGAAGAAGUUAUUUCAGAGAGCAGAUGAAAUUUCAUCAUGGGAAAACCUUGGACUUAAUUGGUCUAGAUACUGGCCUUUUUAAGGGUUCUGUGAUGAUGGGAUCAUUAGAGGGGCUUGGAGAGGAGCAACUUAAAUGGCUCACGAGCAUCCUAGAGGAAACAACUGGCGAAUGGCGCAUAAUCGCAGGAUUUCUUCCACUGAUUUCCUGCCAAGAAAGUGAGGAUCCACCUGAGGCAAAGACAGACCUUGACCCUUUGAGUAGCAUCUUUUCCACUUAUGGAGUGAAUGCAUACUUAAGUGGAGGGGCUGGCAUGCAUCAUGUACACCAAGGUGGUGUUACCUACAUUGGCGACCCUGGCCAAUUAUGUAAAAAAUCUAAUUCUUCUUCAUCUCAUGGAACAUCAUCAGUCUUUUGCAGAGAACUUCCUGAAGGGUUCCUUCUUCACAGAGUCACCCCCCUUGAAAUAGUAACUUAUUUCAUUAACUCAUCCGGGGAAGCUGUCUACAAAACUGUGCUCCGGCACCACGGAAAGGAGGUCAUGUGAGUUCACAAGUAGCCAGAAAUUGCAAUUUCAUUGAUUGGACGGAAUUCUCAUAAAUGAGCCAUCUUUUCGAUAUACUUGUCUUCAUUUGUCAGCCCUGCGCUCAUCGAGCAAUUCUUGUGAGGUUGCUUCCGCUUGUCCUGGGAGCCUCUUAGCCAUUUUUUGAUAGCAGAGUUGAGGAUGUAUUUUGUUCUCUUUCUUGCAUAUAUGAGUACUUCAUUGAGGUUUGUCUGCAAUUGUAAAUUAGAAAGCAUAGUGCUGAUCGAAUGAAGUCAUGAUCUUUCUUUAUCCACUGUCGUAUCCAGUAAAUUUAAGCUUGCAGCUGAUUGCUACAAA